CACCUAUGAAGAUUCUAAUUGAACUUACCUAUAAAUCUACACAUAUUUAACUUAAUAUUUCUCACCAUACUCUCAAAUUCUCUCAAAUAAUAUUCUUCACAUCUAUGGCUUCUCUUGCUUCUUCAACAACCAAAAUUUAUUGUAACAAGAUCCUUCCUGACAUGUUUGAUCAUGGCAAACAUGAAUCUCAUCUUGGAUCAAAGUUGAAAAACAACGAAAAAAACAAGAAAAAAUUGGACUUGAAAUUGGUUACAAAGGUUGCUAGCCAAUUGCCUGUAAUAGUUCCACCACCAGAUCAAGAGGUGAUUAGUAAGGAGAAAAAGCUUGCUGCAUGGACUAGCGUACGCCAAGAAAGAUGGGAAGGAGAACUCGUCGUUGAAGGCGAGUUACCAUUGUGGCUGAAUGGCACGUACCUAAGAAAUGGUCCAGGACAAUGGCACAUAGGUGACUACAAUUUUCGUCACCUUUUCGAUGGCUACGCUACCUUAGUCCGUCUUCAUUUCGAAAAUGGACGAUUAAUCAUGGGUCAUAGACAAAUCGAAUCGGACGCAUAUAAAGCAGCAAAAAUCAGUAAGAAAAUAUGUUACAGAGAAUUUUCAGAAGUACCUAAAGUAGACAAUUUCUUAUCCUACAUAGGUGACAUGGCAAAAUUACUCUCCGGUGCAUCCCUAACCGAUAAUGCUAACACUGGAGUCGUUAAACUUGGGGAUGGACGCGUAGUCUGCUUAACUGAGACGAUAAAAGGUUCCAUUGUAAUUGAUCCGAACACCCUAGAUACAAUUGGGAAAUUUGAAUAUAGUGACUCGUUAGGUGGAUUGAUUCAUUCAGCUCAUCCAGUGGUUACGGACAGUGAGUUCAUAACGUUGAUUCCGGAUUUAAUGAACCCGGGAUAUACGGUGGUGAGAAUGGAGGCAGGGACAAAUGAGAGGAAGUAUAUAGGGAGAGUGAGUUGUAGAGGAGGACCAGCACCAGGAUGGGUUCAUUCAUUUCCUGUUACAGAAAAUUAUGUUAUUGUGCCUGAGAUGUCACUAAGGUAUUGUGCAAAAAAUUUGUUGAAGGCUGAGCCAACACCACUGUAUAAGUUUGAGUGGCAUCCUGAUUCUAAAGCAUUUGUACAUGUUAUGUGUAAAGCCAGUGGCAACAUUGUGGCAAGUGUAGAAGUGCCAUUAUACGUGACAUUCCACUUCAUCAAUGGAUACGAAGAAAAAGACGAAGAUGGAAGAGUUACCGCUGUGAUUGCAGAUUGCUGUGAGCAUAGCGCAGACACCACCAUCCUUGACAAGCUCCGCCUUGAGAAUCUUCGUUCCUUCAACGGCAAGGAUGUCUUACCUGAUGCAAGGGUUGGAAGAUUCAGAAUACCAUUAGAUGGAAGUCCAUAUGGAGAAUUAGAAGCAGCAUUGGAUCCAAAUGAACAUGGAAAAGGCAUGGAUAUGUGCAGUAUGAAUCCUGCUUAUUUAGGCAAGAAAUACAGAUAUGCUUAUGCUUGUGGUGCUAAGAGGCCUUGUAAUUUCCCCAACACCCUCACCAAGGUCAGCUUCUUUUCCUUACAAUGGUUAUUGUUUCAUCAUCAAGUAAUAACUGACAAUAUUUUGCAGAUUGAUUUAUUUGAUAAGAAGGCAAAGAAUUGGUAUGAUGAAGGUGCUGUGCCUUCUGAACCAUUCUUUGUGGCUCGACCCGGUGCAACAGAGGAAGAUGAUGGUGUUGUAAUCUCAAUGAUCAGUGACAAGAAUGGAGAAGGAUAUGCUCUAAUACUGGAUGGAUCAACAUUUGAAGAAAUUGCAAGAGCUAAAUUUCCUUAUGGUCUCCCCUAUGGGCUACAUGGUUGUUGGGUUCCAAAGAUAUAGUAUCACCCCACAUCCAAGACAAUGUUAUAUCAUAUUAGCCUAAUACAAUCUACAAGUUAUAAUAAGAUGAUAUUACUAAAUUUUCCAGUUUUUGAAAUAGCUAUUAGUGUACUAUUUUGUGUAUAUUUGCUCUCAGUAAUAGAAUGUGUUAAACCAUAUUAAUAGUAUGAAUGCAUAUACUCUAAAAUGAGUAAUUGACAUGAGAUAUCUAUGUUAAAAUAUCAAAGAUUCAACAAGGAAAAACCAAGAAUGUUCCUGAUAACUAAAAAGGUACUGAAAGAUAUAGUUGAGGUGCACGUAAGUUGACCUUGACUUCACCUUUAUACAAACAAAAUUGCCUGCUGGAAUUGAGGAGUUGCAAUCGCUUAUGGUAUUGAAGUAUUCAAACUGUAAGAAACCUUUCCCUCCAAAUAUGUUCUUUCUAAAAUCACCAUUGUCGGUGAAGCUCAAGAACAGACUUAAGCUGGGCUUUCUAUGGAUAAAUCAUAAAACUUAAUCAUAAAGUUUUAGAGGUUUUCAACUAGAAAAAGGUAUGGUGAUCUUCAUCUCUAGUUAUCUUUUCAUCUAGAGAGCCAUUCUCAAAUAUUUUGAAAGAGAAAAAUAUGAUCAAACACUUUUUUCUUCAAUCUUCCAUGGGUUUUCAUUAUCCACUAAGCCAGCAUCAGUUCGAGUUGUUCUACAGAUCCAAGUAAUAAAAACUGACAUGUUAAUGCACUAAACCAGAUGCUUCAAAACUUGCAUUUCAAAUACACAUAUGAGAU